UCUAGUUCUCUCCACAUCCCACAACUCUCGGCCAGGAGAACGUCCAGAGAAACCCUUCAUCGCCUCUUCUUCGCCGCCUUUCUGCGCUCCCAUCUCGUCCUCCCCUCCGUCUAGGGUUUUGUGUUUCUUUCGUCUCCUCCGAUGGGGUCGACGCGUGCCGCCGUCGUCGCUCCCGACAAGUACAAGCGCCGGAAGGUCUUUGCCCACCGCGAUUUCCCAAAGGGAUGCGGCCGGCGGGGACAACAACUUUCCGACCUCUCCGACCCCGAGAAGGCGCCCCUGGUGGAAAAAGAACCGUUCUUGGAUCCGAUGGAGCCGUCGAAACCCAACAAUGUAGACCGCGCCGAGAAGAAGGAGAAGGCCGGGUUAUUAAAGGUCUCCGCCGUUCGGAGAUUUCCCAGGGGAUUGGGCAAGCCAGACGAAGAAAUUUCCGAGUUCUCUGAACCAGAGGAGGAGGAGGUGGAGGCGCUGAACCUAGAAGAAAAAGAUCUGUUCUUGGAUCGGAUGGAGUCGAUGAAAUCGGAAGACGUUUCAAAGGGGAGUACAGAUGGGCUGGGGUUUUCUGACGCUGAGAAGCGAUUUCUUUCAGAAAGAUACAAUCUUGCUAAGUGGAGAUGGGUCUCCGCCGUCCGGGACUUCCCCACUGGCUGUGGGACGAACUCUACGAACCUGAGGUUGAAGCGAGCAGUGGCCAAGAAACCUCGAUUUCGAAAGCCCGUUGGUUGUAUGCCUUCCAAGAAGAUCGAAAGCGGGCUGAAAGGGAACAAUGGUAAGCAAACGCAAAGCAUCGUUCGAGAAACUUGAUUUGAAUAAGGACUGUUGGAUAGUUUGGCAAGAUAUGAAGGAGACUCGAAAGCGGUUGAUGUUGCGUAAUGAAUUGUCAUUUUGGAAACUCAUUUGGACUCUGCUGAAAUUGUCUUCUCUACUUGGAAUGACAAAUUGGUUUACAAAAAUGAUCAAGGACAUCAUCAGUAAUAUUUGAAUUUUCUCAUGUCAGGUUCGCUGUCUUUUAACUCGUGCUUUACAAUCUUGUCCAUUCUUUAUUUAAAUGAAGAGCUAUUGGAUUGAUUUGAUAAAAUAUCAAGUAGACUGAGAAGCACUUAACGUUACAUAAUGCAUGGUCAUUUUUCGAACGUAUUGUGAUUAACUCAUUGGUUGCCAUUGCCCAUUUAGUAUGCUUAUAAGACUGAUCGAUUUGCAUAAACAAUCAAUGACUUCGUCAAUAUCCAAAUUGUUCAUGUCUGUAUUCCAAAAUGUUUUGCCCACGUUACAAUAUAAUGAAAGCUCUGUUCAGGUCAUCAGUAGUCUGAUCUCAGAGCAAGGUUGGCCUUCCAUGGCUUGAUAACUAGAAGAUUAUCUUGCACUUUUGUUCAAUGUGUACCCAGUUCUCACUCCACUUGGAUUACCACCCAAGUUUUAUGAUAGAAGCAAACUAUACCGCCUUAUAUGAUUAAUAUACUCUUGGCUUUGUACACUGUCUCCACGUAGUUACAUCACUACUCUCGUCCAUGUACAUUUGACUGCUGGGCUCUUGUUGAUCUGGUAAUCUCUAGUGCUUGAGCAUGGUAACGUUCACAUUCUCAUCCACUU